AUGGCCGAUGAUAGCAACCACUGCAAGCGUUGGGCGACUCGAGAAUUCGAUCAAUGGACUGACGUUGGCGAUGAAAUUAUAGCGCUCGUGUCCGGCGAAAAGACGAACUUCCAGUUCAUCUUGCGUCUUUUAAACACCAAUGUCGACGGCAAGCAGAAGAUCAUGUACGCCUUGACUAAGAUCAAGGGUGUGGGCCGCCGAUACUCCAACUUGGUCUGUAAGAAGGCCGACGUUGACUUGAACAAACGUGCUGGAGAAAUUACCACCGAAGAACUCGAGCGCAUCGUCACCAUUAUUCAAAACCCAACCCAAUACAAGAUUCCCACCUGGUUCCUCAAUCGUCAACGUGAUAUUGUCGAUGGUAAGGACUCUCAGAUCCUUGCCAACAAUAUGGACUCCAAGCUCCGAGAGGAUCUUGAACGCCUGAAGAAGAUCCGUGCUCAUAGAGGUCUGCGCCACUACUGGGGUCUUCGUGUCAGAGGUCAACACACCAAGACGACGGGUCGUAGGGGCCGUACUGUCGGUGUCAGCAAGAAGAAGGGAUAA